AUGGAUUUAGUGAACCACUUGGAAGACAGACUGCUGUUUGCGAUCCCGAAGAAGGGCAGACUGUACAACAAAUGUGUUGAGAUCUUGAACGGGUCCGAUAUUAAGUUCCACCGGUCACAGAGGCUGGACAUUGCUCUCUCGACGAGUCUCCCCAUUGCUCUGAUUUUCCUACCUGCGGCAGACAUCCCCAUGUUUGUCGGUGAAGGUAAGUGUGACUUGGGGAUCACUGGGCUGGACCAGGUCAGAGAGGCCGACAUUGACGUCGACUUGCCCAUUGACUUGCAAUUUGGCUCGUGUAAGUUGCAAGUGCAGGUUCCCGCGAACGGGCCCUACACUGACCCGAAGCAAUUGGUCGGGAAGACGAUCGUGUCGAGUUUCACAAACUUGGCCUCCAAGUACUUCGCCGACCUCGAGGGCGUCCCCGAGUCUCAGAUGACGACCAAAGUCAGGUACGUCGGUGGGUCCGUGGAGGCGAGCUGUGCGCUCGGUGUCGCCGAUGCGAUCGUGGAUUUGGUGGAGUCCGGGGAGACGAUGCGCGCCGCGGGGCUCACGGAUAUCGCGACCGUGUUGGACACGAGCGCGCACCUGAUCCAGUCGAAGAACCCGAAGUCGGACGGAGAGUUGAUUGAGACGAUCAAGUCCAGAAUAGAGGGUGUGAUGACCGCGCAACGGUACGUGUUCUGCACGUACAACGCGCCGCGCACGAACUUGCAGCAACUGCUGCAGGUCACCCCGGGGAGAAAGGCCCCCACGAUCCAGGACAUCGCUGACGAGGGCUGGGUCGCCGUGUCUGCGAUGAUCGAGAGGAACAAGAAGGGCUCCAUCAUGGACGAGCUGAAGAAGAACGGUGCCACGGACAUCCUGGUCUUCGAGAUAUCCAACUGCCGGGUGUAA